GAGAAAACGAAGAGAAAUCCAAAAGAUAAUCCGAAAGAUUAUUUUGAAAGAAAUUGUUUAUUUAAUUGGUUCAUUUAGAUUAUAUUAAUAUAAUAAAAAAUAGUCUGCAAAAAUUAUGGAAGAAUAUAUUUUGCUUGACAAUAUUAUUUUUGAAUCUUCUACUAGUGCUUCUUCAAGUGACAGCGAUGACGAUGAAGAAUUAUUAAAUAAUAACAGAAAUCAAAGACGUGUGCCAAAAAUUAGAAAUUAUGUAGAGCAUGUUGUUGCACUAUACACAGAUGUUGAAUUUAAAUCAUAUUUUAGAUUGGAAUGUAAUACCUUUUAUUUUUUGGUAUACUUAAUUGGACCAAAAUUGGAUAAUAUUCCAUUCAAAGGAAGGGAACAAAUUGAUGUUGUAAAACAAAUAUUAAUUACUAUUUAUGUAUUAGCAAACCAGAUUCAUUUCGUUCUAUAAGUGAACGAUUUAAUGUAUCUAAA